AUGGUCGCUGCCGCGGGCACGACAAACGUCACCCCGCGCAAGACCGGCGAAGUCGUCAACGGCUUCGCCCUGCGCCGCGAGGAGUACGUCAAGGAGAUUGGCAGCGUCACCAGGCUCUGGGUCCACCAGCGCACCGGCACGGAGCUUAUGUCCGUGUCGAAUGACGAUGAGAAUAAGACGUUCGGCGUCGUGCUGAGAACGCCGCCCAACGACUCGACGGGUGUCCCGCAUAUUCUGGAGCAUUCUGUCUUGUGCGGGAGUGAGAAGUACCCAGUGAAGGAGCCGUUUGUCGAGCUCAUUAAGUGUUCGCUCAAUACCUUUUUGAACGCCUUCACCUACCCGGACAAGACAUGCUACCCGGUUGCCAGUUGUAACGAGAGGGACUUUUACAACCUUGUUGAUGUUUAUAUGGACGCCGUCUUUCAUCCCACCCUUACCCCGGAUACUCUUGCGCAGGAAGGCCAUCAUCUCGAGCUCGACAAAAAGGGAGACGACGUCUCUAUCAAGGGUGUCGUGUACAACGAGAUGAAGGGCGCCUACUCCUCCUCUGACCGCGUGCUUGCGGAGCUUUCCCAGAGAAUGCUCUUCCCCGACACCACCUACGGCGUCGAAUCUGGCGGACAUCCUAGGGAUAUUCCAGACCUUACCUGGGAGCAGUUUAAGGGCUUUUAUGAUCAGUAUUACCACCCGAGUAAUGCCCGCAUGUGGUUUUAUGGAGAUGAGGCCGAGGAGAUGAGGCUGGCCAAGGCAAACAGCUUUUUGAAGGACUUCAACCGCCUCGAGGUCAAGUCCGCUGUCGGCCUACAGAAGCCUUGGUCUGCGCCAAAGUCCUUCGACUUCACCUACGACGCUGGGUCCGGCCCGGACCUCUCCAAGAAGUAUAUGGCCACAGUGAACUGGCUUCUCAACCCGCCAGUGGACCAGAUCGAUCCCGCGGAGCUCCUCACGCUAUCUGUCACCAACCAUAUCUUGCUCUCUAUGUCGGCCUCCCCCUUGCGGAAGGCGCUCACCGACUCCCAGCUAGGAGAGGACGUCGUCGGCGGCGGGUUGGAAACCGACCUGAGGCAGAUGACUUUCUCUGUUGGACUCAAGGGCAUGACAGAGGACUCCGUCGAGAAAAUGGAGAAGCUUGUGUUCGAGGUAUUUAACGACGUCAAGGAGAAUGGAUUUCCCAAGGGCCUGAUCGAUGCCAGUCUCAACACAAUUGAAUUCCGCUUGCGCGAGAACAACACUGGAUCCUUCCCCAAGGGACUUUCGCUCAUGCUUCGCGCAAUGACCACCUGGCUACAUGAUGCGGACCCGCUUCUCCCUCUCAAGUUUGAGACUGCCGUGGCGAAUUUGCGCAGUCGCUUGGAGCGGAACGAGCCCGUGUUCCAGGAGUGCGUGUCGAAAUACAUUUUGGACAACCCUCACCGUGCAUCCGUCGUUUUGAAGCCAGAUCCCGAAUUUUCGAAGAAAGAGGAUGCCGCAGAGGCCGAGCGUAUCACCAAGGCGACGUCGGGCUUCUCGGAUUCCGACUACGAAAGAGUCAUUUCUGAAACUCAACGUCUCAAGGCCCAGCAGGCUGCCCACGACGAUCCCGCCGACCUCGCCAAGAUCCCCACGCUUACGAAGGCUGAUCUUGACAAGAAGGUGAAGACAGUCUCAUAUGAUCGCCAUGACGACAAGGGGGUUACAAUUUUGCACCACCCGCUCAACACAAGCGGUGUGGUUUACGUUGACAUGACGCUAGACAUGUCUCAUGUACCCACAGAGCUCUUGCCUUUGAUGUCUUUGUUUUCGGGUGCUCUUACUGAGCUUGGAACUACCAAGCAAGACUUUGUCUCUCUGCAACAGAGCAUUGGUGCGGAGACAGGUGGCCUGCGUGCAUCGACGCUGGUGAGCCAGAUGUGGGCUACCGAUGGCAAUGGACCGGCGGUCGCGAAAAUGACAGUACGUGGAAAGGGAAUGGUUUCCCAAGUCCCCGCCCUCUUUGAUCUCAUCGGCGAGGUAUUGAUGGACGUUGACAUUAACAACAAAGAGCGAGUCCGCCAGCUCCUCAUCGAGGAACGCGCCGGCAUUGAGUCAGGUAUUGCGGGCAGUGGACACUCUGUCGCUGGCGGUCGCCUCGGUGCGAUGUUCAGGACGACCAUGUGGGCCGACGAGCAAAUGGGGGGAGUUGACUUUCUCAAGGCCGUACGCAAGCUCAUCGAUCGUGUCGAAAACAACUGGGAUUCCGUUGUGGCCGAUUUGCGGACCAUCCAACAGCUUGUUGUCUCCCGUGAAGGAAUGAUGGUCAAUAUCACCACCACAGGCAGUGACUUCCCCACAGUGAAGCCCUCUCUGGCAUCUUUUCUUGACCGGCUGCCCGAAAAGGCAGCAGGGCAGAAGGCCAGCUGGAUUAUUAACCCUACUCUCCUACCACGAGCAAAUGAAGGGUUGAUCGUGCCAUCAGCUGUCAACUACGUCGGAAAGGCAGCUAACCUGUACGACCUUGGUUUUAAGCUCAAGGGAGGUCACUCACUGGCAUCAAAGCAUUUGGGCACUUCCUACUUGUGGGACACCGUUCGAGUCCAGGGGGGUGCCUACGGUGGUUUCUGUAGACUCGAUACGAAGACAGGGAUGUUCAUGUAUCUUUCCUACCGCGACCCCAACGUCACAGGCACCCUGAAGGGCUACGACGGGGCGCCCGACUUUUUGGCGAAUAUUAAUCUGUCCGAGGAUGAUAUGACAAAGAGCAUCAUUGGAAUGAUUGGAGCCCUCGACUCAUACCAACUGCCAGACUCCAAGGGAUUCGGUUCAGCACUUCGCUUCCUGCUUGGAGAAACUGAUGAGAGACGCCAGCAGAGGCGUGAUGAGGUUCUUGGUGCGAACGUCAAGGACUUUAGGGAACUUGGCGAGGCCCUGCAAGCAGUACGCGAACAAGGUACCGUGGUUGUCGUCGGGGGUGAAGACGCCUUGAAGAAGGCGAAUGAUGAGGGAUUGGGAUUGAACCUCGAAACUAUUGUGUAGAUUUGUUCAAGCGGAGUCGAAGUCCUUGUAUGAGACUCCCUCCAUGUGAUAAGUUGGCGUUAGAAUUGUGUAAAAAGGUUGGGUUUGAAACAGCAA